AUGAGGGAGUGCAUUUCGAUCCACAUUGGUCAAGCUGGUAUCCAGGUCGGAAAUGCCUGUUGGGAGCUUUAUUGCCUUGAACAUGGCAUCCAGAUCUCGUUUUACCGUAAUCAUUUGAUGAUGAUGAUGAACAUUUUGCGAAAGCAUGUUCCUCGAGCUGUCUUCGUUGAUCUUGAGCCCACUGUGAUUGACGAGGUCAGAACUGGUACAUACCGUCAGCUUUUCCACCCUGAGCAACUCAUCAGCGGCAAAGAGGAUGCAGCUAACAAUUUCGCUCGUGGACAUUACACCAUUGGGAAGGAGAUUGUUGAUCUCUGUCUAGACCGCAUCAGGAAGCUCACCGACAACUGCACUGGUCUCCAGGGGUUCCUAGUAUUCAACGCUGUUGGUGGAGGAACUAGAUCUGGUCUUGGAUCUCUGCUCCUUGAGCGUCUCUCUGUGGACUAUGGAAAGAAAUCCAAACUGGGUUUCACUAUGUACCCUUCACCUCAGGUUUCAACAUCUGUUGUUGAGCCAUACAACAGUGUUCUUUCCACCCACUCACUCUUGGAACCCACUGAUAUCUCCAUCCUUCUCGACAAUGAAGCCAUCUACGACAUCUGCAGACGUUCCUCAGCAUUGAGGAGGAAGGAGAGUUCUCUGAAGCUCGUGAGGAUCUUGCUGCUUUGGAGAAAGACUACGAGGAGGUUGGUGCUGAGGGAGGUGAUGAUGAAGAUGAUAAAGGUGAGGAGUACUAAGUGUUGGUUUUCCUUAAUAAUGUUUGGGUUUGUUGUCGUGUGGUUGUUAAAGGCUUGAAACUCUCUCGUACCAAGUCUUAAGUUGCUUAUCCGUCUGUUUUCUUUUGCCAUUCUUGGUGUUUGAACUUUGAACUUUGUGGUAUCAAUCUAUCGUUGCUCUCCUAUUCUUCUUA